GCCCUGAACGCGGUCCCGCCCGGCGCCUUCCUUCGCGGAGCGGCGACCCGAGCGCGGCCAGGCCGAGCGCGCGGGAGCUCCCCGACGGCGCGCCGCGCCGCCCGCACCGCACCCGGCCCCGCCGGCUCCGGCCCCACACGGACCGCGAGGCCCCUCGGUCCCCGCUCUGUGCCCGCUGCGUCCGGCUCGGUCCCGCUCCGUCCCCGCUGCGCCCCCCGCUCUGUCCCCACUGCGCCCCACUCUGCCUCCACUGCGUCCCCGCUCCGUCCCCGCUCGGUUCCGGCAGUGUCCCCGCUCUGUCCCCCGCUCGGUCCCCGCAGUGUCCCCCGCUCGGUCCCCGCAGUGUCCUGCUGCGUCCCGCCCGCCGAUCCCCGGCGAUGCUGCGCGGCGCCGCCUGGGCGCUGCUCCUGGCCGCCGCCCUGGGGCUCGGGGUGCGCGGGGUGCGCGGCGCGGUGGCCCUCGCCGACUUCUACCCGUUCGGCACGGAGCGCGGCGACGCUGUCACCCCCAAGCAGGACGACGGCGGCUCGGGGCUGCAGCCGCUCUCCGUGCCCUUCCCGUUCUUCGGCGCCGAGCACUCCGGACUCUACGUGAACAAUAACGGAGUCGUCUCCUUCCUGAAGGAGGUCUCUCAGUUCACCCCCGCGGCCUUCCCCAUCGCCAAGGACCGCUGCGUGGUGGCAGCCUUCUGGGCAGACGUGGACAAUCGGCGUGCAGGUGACGUGUACUACAGGGAGGCCACUGACCCUGCCACGCUGCGCAGAGCCACAGAGGAUGUCAGGCGCUACUUCCCCGAGCUCCAGGACUUCUCCGCCACCUGGGUCUUCAUAGCCACCUGGCACCGUGUGACCUUCUUUGGAGGCAGCUCCUCUUCCCCCGUCAACACGUUCCAGACCGUGCUCAUCACUGACGGCAAGUUCUCCUUCACCAUCUUCAACUACGAGUCCAUCACGUGGACCACGGGCACACACGCCAGCAGCGGGGGUGACACCACUGGCCUGGGAGGGAUCGCGGCCCAGGCUGGCUUCAAUGCGGGUGACGGGCGGCGCUACUUCAGCAUCCCCGGCUCGCGCACCGCGGACAUGGUCGAGGUGGAGACCACCACCAACGUGGGCGUGCCCGGGCGCUGGGCGUUCAGAAUCGAUGAUGCCCAGGUGCGCGUGGGGGGCUGCGGCCAUACAACCUCCGUGUGCCUGGCCCUGCGUCCCUGCCUCAACGGCGGCAAGUGCAUUGACGACUGCAUCACGGGCAACCCCUCCUACAGCUGCUCCUGCCUCUCAGGCUUCACCGGGAGGCGGUGUCACCUGGAUGUUAACGAAUGUGCUUCCCAUCCAUGUCAGAACGGCGGGACCUGCACACACGGCAUCAACAGCUUCAGCUGCCGAUGCCCAGCCGGCUUCGGGGGGCCCACCUGUGAGACAGCACUGUCUCCGUGUGGCACCAGAGAGUGCGAGAACGGCGGGCGGUGCCAGGCGGAGAGCGGCUCGGCGGUGUGCCUGUGCCAGGCCGGCUACACGGGCACGGCCUGCGAGACGGACGUGGAUGAAUGUGCCUCGGGCCCGUGCCUGAAUGGAGGCUCGUGUGUGGACCUCGUGGGGAAUUUCACCUGCCUGUGCUCAGAGCCGUUCGCAGGACCUCGCUGCGAGACAGGAAGCCACCCAGUGCCCGACCCCUGCCUCUCAGCCCCUUGCCAGAACGGGGGCACCUGUGUGGAUGCAGAGGAGGGCUACGUGUGCGAAUGCCCCCAGGGCUUCACUGGCCUCGACUGCAGGGAGAGAACCCCUGAGCACUGUGGGUGCCGCAAUGGUGGCAGAUGCCUAGAGGCCAACACCACCCUCUGCCAGUGUCCGCCAGGGUUCUUUGGGCUCCUCUGUGAAUUUGAAGUCACAGCCACGCCCUGCAACAUGAACACGCAGUGCCCGGACGGGGGCUACUGCAUGGAGUACGGGGGGAGCUACCUCUGCGUCUGCCACACUGACCACAACGUCAGCCACUCACUGCCAUCACCCUGUGACUCGGACCCCUGCUUCAACGGAGGCUCCUGUGACGCCCAUGAGGACUCCUACACUUGCGAGUGCCCCCGAGGGUUCCAUGGCCGGCACUGCGAGAAAGCCCGGCCACGCCUGUGCAGCUCGGGGCCCUGCCGGAACGGGGGCACGUGCAAGGAGGCAGGCAGCGAGUACCACUGCAGCUGCCCCUACCGCUUCACCGGGAGGCACUGCGAGAUCGGGAAGCCGGACUCAUGUGCCUCGGGCCCCUGUCACAAUGGCGGCACCUGCUUUCACUACAUCGGCAAAUACAAGUGCGACUGUCCCCCAGGCUUCUCCGGGCGGCACUGCGAGAUAGCCCCGUCCCCCUGCUUCCGGAGCCCCUGCUCGAAUGGGGGUACCUGUGAGGACCUAGGCACAGAUUUCUCCUGCCGCUGCCGAGCAGGGUACAUGGGACGCCGGUGCCAGGCGGAGGUGGACUGCGGCCCCCCAGCGGAGGUGAAGCAUGCCACGCUGCGUUUUAACGGCACUCGGCUGGGCUCGGUGGCCCUGUACAAGUGUGACCACGGCUACAGCCUGAGCUCCCCCAACCACGUCCGAGUCUGCCAGCCACAGGGCGUCUGGAGCGAACCUCCACAGUGCCACGGUGAUCCGCGGGCCCUCCGGGGCAGGGUGGGCGGGUGGGUGGGCACAACCGGUGAGGUCCACAACCCCCUCGUCGGGGCCACCCAGAGGAGCACAGGAGCCACAGUUCUGACCCCGGUCCUCCCCUUCCUCCCUGCAAAGUCAGGUCACGACCCUGGUGGAGGCGGUGAUGACUGUUCGCGAAGGGCCUCCCUGUCCUCAAAGCGAGGUGUCCAACUCAUAUGCCUACUGUGCUUAGCACACUUAUACCAGGAGGGCCCAUGUAGGGCCACGCAGCCUCCUAUCCUGUCUCUGCAGAGACAGACAAGUGCCCCUGUCUCUGCAGAGACAGAUGAGUGCCAAAUGCAGCCUUGCAGAAAUGGAGGCUCCUGCAGGGACCUCCCGGGGGCCUUUGUCUGCCAGUGCCCCGCAGGCUUCACUGGAGUCCACUGCGAGACAGAGGUGGAUGCCUGCGACUCCAGCCCCUGCCAGCACGGAGGCCGGUGUGAGAACGGUGGCGGGGCCUACCUGUGCGUCUGCCCAGAGGGCUUCUUCGGCUACCACUGCGAGACAGUGAGCGACCCCUGCUUCUCCAGCCCCUGUGGGGGCCGCGGCUACUGCCUGGCCAGCAACGGGUCCCACAGCUGCACCUGCAAAGUGGGCUACACGGGCAAGGAUUGCGCCAAAGAGCUCUUCCCGCCAACGGCCCUCAAGGUGGAGCGAGUGGAGGAGAGUGGGGUGUCCAUCUCCUGGCGUCCACCUGAAGGUCAGGCCGCCAGGCAGAUGCUUGACGGCUACGCGGUCACCUACGCCUCCUCGGACGGUGCCUACCGCCGCACAGAUUUCGUGGACCGGAGCCGCUCCUCGCACCAGCUCCGGGCCCUGGCAGCCGGCAGAGCCUACAACAUCUCCGUGUUCUCCGUCAAGCGCAACGCCAACAACAAGAAUGACAUCAGCAGGCCGGUGCUGCUCCUCACCCGCACACGACCCCGCCCUGUUGAGGGCCUUGAGGUCACCAACGUGACAGCCAGCACCAUCUCAGUGCGGUGGGCUCUGCACAGGAUCCGUCACGCAACUGUCAGCGGCGUUCGUGUGUCCAUCCGGCAUCCCGAGGCCCAGGAGGACCAGUCCACCGAUAUGGACAAGAGCGUGGACAAGUUCACGUUCGGGGCCCUGCUGCCAGGAAGGAGAUACACCAUCCACGUGACUGCCCUCAGUGGGCUCGGGGGACAGGAGCCUCCCACCGAGAGCCUGGCCUCGGCCCCGCUGCACGUGUGGACGCGGCCCCUGCCACCAGCAAACCUGACCGCCGCCAGAGUCACGGCCACCUCUGCCCACGUGGUCUGGGACACCCCCACUCCAAGUACCUUGCUGGAAGCAUACGUCAUCAAUGUGACCACCAGCCAGAGCACCAAAAGCCGCUACGUUCCCAACGGAAGGCUGACGUCCUACACGGUGAGGGACCUGCUGCCAGGGCGGCGGUACCAGCUCUCGGUGACAGCCGUGCAGAGCGCAGAGGGCGACCAACUGCACAGCGAGCCUGCUCACCUCUACAUCAUCACCUCCCCAAGGGACGGCGCUGACAGACGCUGGCACAGGGAGGGACUCCAUCCACGGGUGCUCAGAAACAGACCGCCCCCCGUGCGCCUGCCGGAGCACCUGCUCAGUGACCGUGACGACCCCGAAGCUCAGACCCCGGCCCCCAGGUUCUCGGAGCUUGUGGACGGCAGAGGGCGAGUGAGUGCCAAGUUCAGUGGCUCACCUGGCAAAUCGGUCACCGUGAGAUCACAACCCACGGCUCUGGCGCAGCUCGAGAACACGGAGGAGGCCCCCAAGCAGGCGCCUGAGCAGGUCGGCCUGGCCCUCCAGCUCCCUGAACGCAGCAGCGACAAGGACACGGAAAACACUCCUGGGAACUGUUCAGAAAACCCCUGUCAGAACGGAGGCACCUGCGUGCCAGGUGUGGACACCCACAGCUGUGACUGCAGCCCAGGGUUCAAAGGCAGACGCUGUGAGCUGGCCUGCACCAAGGUGCCGCAGCCCUGCACUAGGCUCUUCUCCGAGACCAAGGCCGUGCCCGUCUGGGAAGGAGGAGCCUGCCACCACGUGUAUAAGAGAGUCUACAAGGUGCACCAGGACAUCUGCUUCAAAGAGAGCUGUGAAAGCACGAGCGUCAAGAAAACCCCGAACAGGAAACAAAGUAACAACAGUCCGACACUGAAGAAAUCUUAGGUACAGGAUUCAGGACGUCCUUGUUACACUCCUUCAACCUCGCGAGCUUCCAGAGCCCAGAAAGACGGGGCUAAAAGUGGACUGAGACGGGCGCCUGAGACAUCAGGUCCUGGCUAGCGCCCGUCCCCUCUGCAGCUUCCCUCCCCCGCCUCUACGAGACAGACGGCCAAGGCCACGCCAGGGACGCCCUCUGGGCUGAGUCACCUCCAGGCUCCGCGACGCUUCUAGCAGCCCGUGCUGUAAGCCCGGCUGCCGUUUCCUACGGGGACAGCCCAGGCAUCGGCCUGGAUAAGCGAGGCAGCCAGCCAGGAACGCUCCUGCGACAUCCAGACACCGGCUCUGGGACUCCGAGGUCGGGGGGGGGAGGGGGGGGGCAGUUCUCCCCCGGAGACCUCACAGUCACGCUGAGGACGAGCCGCUCUCAAGCCCCCCAGGCAGAGCCGGCGGUACCGGGAAGGGGCCGCGAUGAGGCGCCACGGCGAGGGAAGCCGAGGGCUGGGCGCCCGCCGGACCCUCCUCCACCAUCGCCCCCGCUCGUCUGCUGCAGGCGCGACCCGGCACCCGGUCCAGCAGAUUGGAAAGAGAAAGUACAAUAAAUACGAAGAUGGGGUUUACACACUUCCAGCCUCCAACCCUUUCCCAAACAGUGACUAUUUCUGGCUCCGUGGACCAGACGGUCUCCGCGGCAACGACUCAGCUCCGCGUUCACAGCAGCGCUGCCACAGACGUGUGACCGGACGGGUGUGGCUGUGAUCCAGUAAGACCUCAUCUACCCACUUGGCUAAGCCCCGCUCGAUCAGGUCACCCAGGCCUCAGCCUCGCGCAGAGAAAGCCACGCCCCGAUGACGCACCUCGGCAGCAAAGACCCCGGAGCUGCACGGAAGCCCCGUGCGAGCCCCCCAACUCGGGAAGCAGAGGGGGUACCCACGGCGCACAGCAGGGGCUCCUUCCUCCUCUCGGGCCCGGUGCCACGGAGACCCGACCGUGCCGGAGAUGCUCAGCCCGUGCCUUGAGCGACACUGCUGUAGGCGGUCGGCUCGCGGCUGUUCACACACUUCCGCCUCUGCAAGCAGGGGGCCGCGCAGCCUCGCCACAUAUGCCUUCCAGAGUCUUCUACCAGCAGUCUUCUCCCUGCGGAGGCCCAAACCAAGCAAGCCAACCCACCUCGAGUCGCAUACAUUUUAGGAGCCGACCCAACCUGAACUCGAGCCCCUGGGCGCCUCCCACGGACACUGCCCCAAGUCAGCAUUCCAGCACAGAGAGGGCUCCUUCCUGUCUUUUCUAAAAACACUUUUUUGAAGAGUUAGAGUAUAUUUUAGGCUUUUUGUUUUCAUUAAAAUUUUGUGUGCAUA